GGUUCACGAGAGGCACGACAGCGCAGAGGUUGACAUCGAUUCUGUGUAUGCACCCAUGGCUUGAGGCGCAGUGACAACAACUAAGAGAAUGAGAUCAACAAAAUCACAGACGAGAGAUGGGGAACUGCACUAAAAGUCAGAGGAAGAAAACAAGCCAGGAUGGGAAACAUUCCCACUUGCAGCUCGCUCCUUUCUCUCCCUGUGAGGUGGGUCCAGAGAUUGUGGACAGCUGGCCACGGCCCUUGCAGAGCUUCGCGGCGCUGCAGAGCCUCGCUGGGACAGCCUGCAUCUUCCUGCGGCACAGCAUCGCUAUCACCCAGAUCGACAGAGAGCUGAGACCGGAGGAGAUAGAAGAGCUCAGAGAAGCCUUUAAGGAGUUCGAUCGGGACAAGGACGGCUUCAUUGGCUACAAGGAGUUGGGCGAAUGCAUGAGGACCAUGGGAUAUAUGCCGACCGAGAUGGAGCUCAUUGAACUCUCCCAGAAAAUCACAGGGGGUAAAGUUGACUUUGAAGACUUUGUAGAACUGAUGGGACCGAAACUUCUUGCAGAGACGGCCGACAUGAUCGGUGUGAAGGAGCUGAGAGAUGCUUUUAAGGAGUUUGAUUCAAAUGGUGAUGGGAGGAUCAGCACCCGGGAACUGCGCGAGGCUAUGAAAAAACUCCUCGGCCAACAACUUGCUCCCCGUGAAGUAGAUGAAAUCUUGAGAGAUGUGGAUGUCAAUGGAGAUGGACUUGUAGAUUUCGAAGGUAGGAGGAUCAAUAACUUUAUCUGUAGAUACUUUCCUAUAGAAAGAUGAAGAAUGUGAUCUGCCAGGAUUUAUUGAGAUCCCUAUGAGAAGAGAUCGGGUGUAGGUGUCACAGGAGACCAAUGUGCUGGUGUGAACAGAGUCUUCUGCCAUCUCCCAGCCUUACUCUUCUCUCUCUCUCUUUCCCCGCAGAAUUUGUACGGAUGAUGUCCCGCUGAGAAGAUACAGUGAUGUCUGGAGUAGUCUAUAGAUCCGCUCGUGUGUCUGAGCUUCACUAUAAUAAAUGUAUAUUAUUCUACUGAUUUGGGUGUGUCUUAUUACUGCUACAAACAGAUAUUCUCAUUGGUGACCUGUGACUGGCCCCAUGAGUGAUGUACAUAAUCCUAAUGAGUUAUAUAUAAUCCUGUCAAGUGACAUAUAACCCCAACAAGUGACGUGUAAUUCAGAUGAGUGACAUGUAAUCCUGACGAGUGAUGUAUUAGG